AAUAAUUUAUUACGGUUGUGGCAAACAACAGUUAACUGGUGUCACUGCUACAAAAGUUUAACAUUAUUUAGCCAAACUUGUGUUGUGAAUGUAUUACACUGAAAUAAAUAAUAAAAUCACUUCAGGCUAUAUAAAAAAAGAUUGUCAAAAUUAAAUGAUAUCGUAGCUUUCGUCCAUUCGAAACCUAAAUUGGGCGGAGACAAAACAAAAUACAGAAAAAAACUUAUUUUGUAAUAAAUGAGGCAAUAAAAUUAGUUAUAGGUAUCUAAUUUCUUAAUUUAUUUACUUGAAUGGAAAUAAAUUUGCCAUUAGAAUCAUCAUUUGUUGAUAACCGCCGUUCUAACAAAAUGUAAAACUCAGAUUAACGUAUAUUUCCGUAUACAUAGCCUACUUUAGCAAAAUAUCUCCAGAGUGACGUCACAAAUUGCUAGCCAGUGAAAGAGAAAGGUGCGCAAAAGGAUACAUAUAUAACUUCACGAUUAUUCACCCGUUAUGUUCACAGUUGACAGAACAGAAGAACGAAUGAAUAUCAAGCAAUGAUUUGUGUAACAUUUUCUUAAGUGUUAUGAUCAAGGCCACUAUGCCAUUUUUUACUGUCAUACUUUCAAGAAUAAUCUUGAGGGAAAAGCAGACGUGUAGUGUGUAUGCUUCCUUGGUCCCCAUAAUUGUCGGUGUUUCCGUGGCCACCGUCACGGAGCUCUCGUUCGACGUCGUGGGUUUGGUGAGUGCCCUGGUGGCGACCAUGGGCUUCUCACUGCAGAACAUAUUUUCCAAGAAGGUGCUCCACGACACGGGAGUGCACCACCUGAGGCUCCUGCACAUCCUCGGUCGGUUGGCUUUCUUCAUGUUCCUGCCCGUGUGGCUGCUGCUUGACUUCCGGCACCUGCUGCAGCAGCCGGCGUCGCUGUUCUCAGACGGGGACUAUCGCGUGGUGGCGCUCUUGUUCACGGACGGGGUGCUCAACUGGCUGCAAAACAUUGCUGCAUUCAGCGUGCUGUCGCUGGUCACCCCGCUGACGUAUGCCGUGGCCAGCGCCUCCAAGCGCAUUGUCGUCAUCGCUGUGUCGCUGCUGGUUCUGGGGAACCCGGUGACUGCGACCAACGUCCUCGGGAUGCUGCUGGCGAUAUUCGGCGUCCUCAUGUACAAUAAGGCGAAGUACGACGCGCGGGAGCGGCAGAAGCAUCACCUCAUCCUGCCGUACUCAUCACGAUCCUCCUGGAAAGGCGAGAGUGCAUUCAACGGCGCGGUGGCCAAUGGCUACUACAAGGGCCCGGCCACCCGCAACGGUCUGCAGUUUGUGUGAAUGCAACCGAGCGAUGGUGGCAACCAUCCUCUGGGCUCCACUUCACCUGGAAUGUUGUGUUCUUUUACUUUCGGCCAAAUUAAAAUUUUUAUGAAGCAGUUAAUAUUUUUAAAUGAUUAAACUCUGGAAGCAAUUUUGUAUGCAUUACCCAACUGAGGGGACCUGGAAAAUGAGCUUCUAGUGACUGAUCACUGAGCUAUUAUUCAACUAAAAAUUUUAAUUAUAAAUUUUUUCUGAAUUUUUGACUAAUACUAUACAAGUAUCAUAUUAUUGGGGGAAGUUUAUAUAGAACACAAUAAUGCAAUGCUUAUCUUGUGGAAAACAUCCGUAGAAAUUGUCCUUGAUGAAUUUUUGUGUUAUUGCAAAGCAUACUUAUGUUCUGCUAUGUAAGCUGUUCAAUUUUUAGACAAAAUUAAUAGUUAACAUUUUAAUCUGACUAUUAGCAUCAGAGUCACUAACUGAUAGACACAAGUUUUUAAUGGUUUCAUUUUUAUUUCAAUUUUAUUUUUAAAAUAGAAAAUUUUGGUUUAUUGUUUUUAUUUUUAUGCAUUCUAAUUUGUAAUACCGUAAUCACUCGCGUAAUGUCCGCAGUAAUUUGACCAGUUUUUUGGCCAAAAAAAUGGGGUGCGGACAUUAUGCGAGGAAAAACAAAAAUACAAAAUUUUGUGUCUUAAUUAUUACUAAAAAGGCACAAAACGUAUCUAAAAUCAAUUUGGAUUUAACUAGCUACGUAUUUUAAAAGAAUAUUGCUGCGGGAUCGCUUGCAAACAACCCGGCUUAGACCAUGUUUACUUUGCUGUAAUUGCCAACGGUAACUGUCUCGCACCCGCCGGAACAUUUAAAAAAAUUAUGCACUACACUGAAAUAACUGUGGUUACGUGUGCCUUAUUAAUAUGAUUAAUAUGUGAUGGAUAAAAACGGCUAUUAACGGCACGGCUGCAAUAUUUUAGCCGUACCAUAUCCUUACGUGCGGCGCGUAGGGAACCAGCGAGCUGGUGGUGGCGCAGUGACUCACCAGUUCCACAUCUGCUGCGCACUUUACCCCCCCCUCCCUUCCAGCAACUGAUGGCCUUCGUGAUGUAGAGAAGGAGGAAGGGAAAGGAAACAUUUAGAGCGUGAGAAUGGCCGAGGGAGGGAUUCCAACCAAAUGUAAACAAAGAAGGGUUCUGUUCUGUCCUGACACGUAAAACAGGGUGCACACUAAUUAAAGAUGACGUUUCUUUUACGCUGCGCUGCGUGUCUUACCUCAACAGAAAACAAGACUGAUCCAUGUCAGCAAAUGUGAUGUUAAUUUUUUUUUCCCGCGCCUUUACUUGAACCAUUUCAUACGAAACAGCACAGGCAUUACUUCUUAAUUCACGUAUAUAGUUUAAAACUUUAUCUUCAAGUUCUGGGAACUUCCCAGCCUUGGGUCCGCGAAACGCACGCCGUGUUGCAUUUGUUGACUGCAACUGUUCUUUUAUUUUCCGCCACUGACGAACACUUUUUUCCUGCACUUCAAACUCCCUUUCAGCAGCCCUGUUCCCAUGCUCUUCAGCAUAACGAACAACUCUUAAUUUAAACCGCACAGUGAAGGAUUUAUAUUUACCCAUUCUGUACUCUACACUACAAAACUCGACGCGAAACUCAUGCCUUGAACUUGCGUGCGUGAUGGUCAGCUGUGUUUACCGUUACCGUGAUUUGUUCAGUUCAACGAAUUUCCCCACCCUUUCAGGACAGGAGAGAAAGGACAGCUGAAGGUCACGGCUUUGUUUACAGAGCCGUCAACUUUCCAUUCGUACUGCGUCCUUUAGGGGUGGCCAAAGUUGUGUUGCCCGCCGUAGACGACUGGUGCGGACAUUAUGCGAAUUUUUAAUUUUUUCUUUUAAGGAUAUAUAAAUAAAGGGUGCGGACAUUAUGCAAGGGCGGACAUUACGCGAGUGAAUACGGUACUUAUUCCACCAUAAUAGUGUAAUGAUGACAUGCUGCAUUUAUAUGAUAAAAUAACCUGUAAUAAGUUUGUUUAAAAAUGACAAUAUAACUAAAUCAGCGAAAAUUUGUAGCAUAAAAAAGCGAUUCCGUAAGAGAUGAACUAAAUAAAUUAAAUAAAUUUUUUUGGAUCUACGCAUUGAUAAAAACUUUGUUUGGAAAUAAUGACAUUUCUUUAUAUUCAAAAAUUCAUAUAUUAGGUACUUUUUUGUUAUUUAAAUUAACUUUAGUUACAUGCUGUUCAAAUUAAUGUUUUAACUUGUAUUUUGGUGCUAUAUGAUAUAUUAACAUGCCUUUUGAUGUGCCACUUUUCUUACAAUCCACCAUAUAAUUAUCUUGUCCUUACUGAUAGUUCAUUGCCCGAUUUCCUCAGUGAGAUUAUGCAUACAAUUGUACUUGUGUAGUUUCCAUUUUAAAAAUACUGCUUUAUUAAUAUCUGGAAUCAGCAGAAAUCAGAAAAUCCAACAUGGCACGGGAAGCAGAGCCUCAACGUGUUGAUGACAUUUUUCUUGGCGCCGAAUGUUUGUCUUUCUCUCGGUAGGAGUAUAAACUUGCCUGAACAGUAUUUCAAUGCAAUUAAGACUUUAAGGUAUUUUGAAUUCUAUUUCUAUGAAAAAUAUUUCAAGUUUCUACUCAUGAUGUUCAGGGCCAUCUUGGAUUUUUAAAAUAUCAGACAUUUUUUUCAUUACACAGGUAUCUACGAGUAAAAUAAUUUGCGAAAGUCAUAAAAAAAAAUGAAACAGAAGAGUGUUCAUGAAGUCCCGAAAUAAAAAGUAACGGUGCUGAAAUUCACUAAAAUUUAAUUUCCAGCAACCUCUUGUUAACUUUGUUUUUAAUGCCUGACUUCAUUUUAUAGUCUCACAUGAAAUAUAAGUAGUAGGAGUCUGUUCAUUUUAAUCAUUUGGAAAUUAUCUCUAAUUAGUAGGUCUGUGCGAAUAAUCAACAUUUCAAUUUAUAAACAAAUUAUUUUGUGAAACAGAAUGGCUAAUAUUAAUAACAUAAUAAAAUAACAACCUCUUAAGGUUGAAGCAACCAAGUAAUGCAAGGUGGACCAGUACAGUCUAUGCAUAGAACAUGCUAAACAGUGCUGCGGGUGGUAAUCUAUUUAAAAGAUUUAAUCUACCUUUUCACAGACACUAUUAUUUUCACUUUUGUAUCUAGGUAAAAAUUUUUUUUGUUAGUUUGUCAGAAUUAUGGAAUUAAAUAUUUGAGUUUAUAUAUAUUAUCAGAGUGUAACAAGGUAUAAAACACUUGUAUAUUGCUACCAAGUGUUACUGAUAUUACGUAAUUAUUACUGAUUUAGAUGCCCAGUUAGAUAACUACGAAGUGUUAUUUAUUUACCACGGAAACUGAGGAACUUCACGUCAUGUCAGAAAUAUGGUGUAUAUUGAGCAUUUUGUUUGAUAAAUCUUGCUUGUAUAGCUGGUUGACUGAUGCCUGUAUACAUGGCACAACAAUUUUAGUAACAAUCCUGUUUUUGUUUUUAAUCAGAUCAGCCUAUUAGACAUACAAUAAAACAAAUUUACUUUUGGAUUCACCUAUAAAUAUAUGUAUAAAUCCUGAUACAGUACUUACAAUAGUUAUUUUAUUAAUUGUAAUUUAGACCUGUGUACUACUUUUAAAACUAUUUAUGGUAAGAUUAGCUCUUUUAUCACCUUUGCUUUGCAUUGAUUUUAUUGUAGAAUAAAAAUGAACUACUGAUGGAUGUGUUGGAAGAUGGAGCCACUGCUUGUAAGAGAUUAUUCAUGCUUUGAGGUGCCAGUAAUGUGAUAUUUACUGAUCAGGUUGUUGCCUAUCCCAAAAACUGGGUGAAUUGGGUGAAAAUACAUACACUUAGAGUAGGUUCAUUGUGCUACAAACACAAUUUUAUUCAAUAAUGUAACCAGCAUGAAACUUUUGAUACUAAACAUAAAGUAAUGCUCUUGUUUGACAAUAAUUAAAUGCUGGCCAAGACUGUUUAUGAUCACACCACAUGAUGGGUACUGUAACAAAUGGAAUGUUUGCAUUAGAACCUUAGAAAUAAUAAUAAAAAUACAUUAUUUAUACACAUAAUAAGGCAUAUACGAGAUUUAAACUAAAGGUUCUCAAAAGUUUUAAACAUAGAAUACCAAAUAACUGGUACUUCUGAAAGGGUAACAGCUUCCAUUUAGAAAAAAUUAAAGAAAUUAUUUAGUUUUGUUUUACAAUUAACAGCUUGGAUUUUAAUUAAUAAAAAUUAUAUCUUUUACCAUUGAUCAAACCAGAAUUAAAUAAUUUACAAAUUAUUAUAUAAAUAUUUAAAUUAUUGUUUGAGUCGUUGAGUACACACACAGUAACUUGAUUUAGCUGAUAAUGCAAAAUCACCAAAAGUUUAGUACAAAAUGUGUUACUCGUAAAAUACCUAUUUACUUAAGGUAUGUAUCUGAGUGUCUCAAUGUAACCACCACUCGGGUUCAUGUGGUACAUACAUAAAACAUACAGCCACAUGCCUGCUUCACAGUCGCUCGAGUAGCGAGUCCCCACUUGCGGUGUCUUGCCGAAGUAGUGGAAUGCUGUAACUCGUGGCGCGCCUGGGCUGUUCGCGGGCAAGUUCAGCUAUGAGCAGAUCUGCAGUCUCAAUCCUGCUGGGCGAGUCUUCCCUGUUCCUAACAUACCCCAGCUUCUGCUGUUAUGUUGCAUAAGGACGAGCUUCUAUGCAAAUGUAAACGUAAGCACAGGCAUUUCAAACACCAGUUACUUUCGUAACACUUUUGUCACACACUCCCAUGGUCAUGUACAGGGAAGCGUACAAGAAAUCCAUAGAGGAUAGAGGGUAGCUUCUAUGCACUUUUAUUCUUUCUGGGACGAGUGCCUCGUAAGACCGUAACCAAUUGUGAACACUGUAUGUGUAACUUGGAACAUUACAUAAAGGACCUUAUUUCAAUUAUCGUCCUGGUGUGCUGAUUUGAUUGCAACAUAGCAACUUUCAUCAACAUUACACUUGUUAGUAACAUACAUAUCUUUAUGCAUGGCUUCAGUUCCUCCUGAAAGUAUGAAAGUCUAAUUCAGGGUGAUAGUUUCCCAAAGCCUCCAACCACCGACAAGCUUUGCGACAUCAACCACUAUUAAAAGUACAUACAUACGUGCAGUCCCAAGUCUUGCUAGCUGACUACAAAAGUUAACAUCCGAUCCAGACUUAGAAAAUUUUCAAAAGGGAUCGCUGCAGGAAGAGUUUGAAAUUAUUCUAUCACCAACCUUAACUUUGUGACGGUCAUACCAUUCCUGAAGUUCCAGCAUUGACGAGCAGAAUGAAGUAUGGCGAGUCUUGAGUGUCAGGGCGGCAUCGGCAAAAUCUUCUGGUGGGCAACUGCGACAGCUCUUUGAAAUAAGGCCUUUAUAUACUCGUCUUGAGCAGCUCUGAGACGGCCUAGUACAUUCUUCUAUAAACUUCUGGUUGCUCGUGACAAUGGCGGACUUCCUGAUGAUGUCAUAUCCACUUUUUUUACAUUGUGACACUUUUUUCUUGGUUGUGCUCUGGGUUGCCUAUACCUGCAUUGCUAAAGCUGGCACUAGUGGCACCGUAGGGGACACAUCCAAAAAUGUUAAGGGUGUGAUUCACAUCACACCAUUACAAUGUUAUCAAAUUAAUGUUACAGAAAAAAUAUUUUAAAAAAUCCAAAAUGGCAAAACUAUGUGUAUAGGAUAAUUGUUAUUAAAGGGUGGUAAUGAAUGUUUCUUUUUAUUUUAUUUCUUAAAUUUUUUCCCCGCCUUCUUUCAAAUUUGCUGUGUCAUAUCUUUACAACCUGAUGUAAAAUCUAACAUUAGUGAAUUGCAUCACAGUUGAAUGUUGUGACAUUGUGACUAGGUGAUUUGCAAUCCAUGAACUGUUUUCAGCAGUGGCAACAAAGUGGUUUUUUGAACAAGGUAUUCCUUACAAACUAAAUGAAUGGUAACUGUGAUGAGUAGCUCUGAAGUUGUUAUCAGAGUAUUACUUCAGUGGUUGAUUCCAAGCACUCUUUGCACUGAUAAAUUUAAUGUUUUUUGUAUUUUAAAUUCAUGCCUCGACUGCAAGGACAUUAAUCAUUAAUGGUAAAUAAAUUUUUAUUUUGUUAGCUAAAACCUUGAUAAUGUUUUGUUGGCAAGUAUUACUUAACAAGCAGGAUUAUCAAAAAUUAAUCCAAUAUCUGAUUUUGCUCAUGAACCUAUUUUGCCCGUUUGCACAUUUUCCCAUCCCUGCAAUAGCCUACAGUAUACAGUCUACUUGAAUAAUUUUAUUUAACAGUACUAGUUCAUUGUGUCAGAACUUUUAUUGAUUUAUGAAUACACAGCCUGCUUGUGAGGUAAAAAUUAAAUAAUAAUAAUAAAAAUAAUAAUAAUUUUAUUAAAAAAAUCAGAGUUGCAAAUAUAGCCACUUAGUUACCGCGUUGUUAUAGUUUAACUAGUUAAAUGUGUUACAAACAAUUAAGAUAUUUUCUAAAUGUAGGUGCUCCAUUUUUAUGGUGCUUAUCAAUUUAAUAAAAUUGUUAUUAUUAAAAUGUUGGAAUCAUGGUUGAAUAAAGAAAAUCUGUUUUAAGAACAUUUUCUUUCAGUUGUAAAGGUAUUAUAUUCAAAACAUAUAAUUCUAUGUUUUAAAAUAUCUUAAUGUGUAACAAACAUAUUAUAUAUAAUUUGGUGCAUAAACCAAUUUCUAUGCUUAACACUCAUUCAUGCAGUAAUUUGAAAAAAAAUUUUUGACUAUUUUUAGCAAAAUCACAUCACAGAAUUUUGAUUUAAACCACUCUUGUCAGUGUGUGUGUGUGUUAGUGAAUAAUUAAUUGUGUUUGGUGCUAUUGACAUUGUAGUGUUACGUAGAGAUGAUUCUGGUAUGAUAUCACAGCCAUGGUUUGUUUGAUUGUACACUUGUAUGGGUGAAACUGCAGUUUAUUGGUCUACCAGUUCAUUGGCUUUGGUUUGGAACCAGCAGUCAGGGUGUCUGCAGGUCAGAAAGUCAUGAAAACGUAAAAAAAAAAAAUUGAAGGACUGACCAUGAAAGUCACAAAAAGUCCUGAAAUAACAGCAAUGAUGGAACUCUCAAACUUUUAUUUUCCAGCAGCUGUUUGCUAACUUGCAUUUUAAUUUUUUGACAUCUCACUUAGUUUUUUGUUUUACAAUUAGUCAAUUAAAAAUAAAUAUUUGAAGACUGUCCACUUAAAUAAUGUGAAAAUUAUAUCUGAAAAGGUUUUAGUUUUCUUACUUAAAAAAUAGGCCUGUUAUGAAUCUUAGAUCUGUUUCUAUGUUUAUUUGUGCUUGUAACAUAUAUAAAAUAUGACCCUGUGAUAUAAAAAAGUUGCAAGACAAUUUUAUAAAAGUAUUUUGAAAAAGUCUUGUAAUUGGUUCAGCAGGUAUUUGUAGACACCCUGGUGAAGGUAGUUGUUAAACCAAAGGAUAUUGUUGUACAUAAUAUAUUUAAUGUAUUUAUUUAUUGAAGUUUGUAUGAUUUUAUUAUGAAUAUAAAAAUCACUAUUUUUGUUUGAAA